GCACGGCGGCCCCCGGGGGCCGGGGCCCCUCACUGUCGGUGCCCCGCGGGCCACCAUGUCCUUCCCCCAGCUCGGAUACCAGUACAUCCGCCCUCUUUACCCGCCCGAGCGCCCGGGAGCGACGGGCGGCGGUGGAGGUGGCGGCGCGGGGACCCGGGGCGCUCCGGGCGCCGGAGCCUCGGAUCUGGCCGCCUCCGGGUCCCUAUCCAACGUGCUCUCGUCGGUGUACGGGGCGCCCUACGCCGCGGCCGCUGCUGCCGCCGCCGCCGCCCAAGGCUACGGCGCCUUCCUGCCCUAUGCCGCGGAGCUGCCCAUCUUCCCACAGCUGGGCGCGCAAUACGAGCUGAAGGACAGCCCCGGGGUCCAGCAUCCGGCCACGGCCGCCGCCUUUCCGCACCCGCACCCGGCCUUCUACCCCUAUGGCCAGUACCAGUUCGGGGACCCGUCCCGUCCCAAGAACGCCACCCGGGAGAGCACGAGCACUCUCAAGGCCUGGCUCAACGAGCACCGCAAGAACCCGUACCCCACCAAGGGCGAGAAGAUCAUGCUGGCCAUCAUCACCAAGAUGACCCUCACCCAGGUGUCCACCUGGUUCGCCAACGCGCGCCGGCGGCUCAAGAAGGAGAACAAGAUGACGUGGGCGCCCCGCAGUCGCACGGACGAGGAGGGCAACGCUUACGGGAGCGAGCGGGAGGAAGAAGACGAGGAGGAAGACGAGGAGGAUGGCAAACGCGAGCUGGAGUUGGAGGAGGAGGAGCUCGUGGGGGAGGAGGAGGACACGGGGGGCGAGGGCCUGGCCGACGACGAAGAGGAUGAGGAGAUCGAUUUGGAGAACUUAGACGGCGCGGCGGCCGGGUCUGACUUGACCCUGGCUGGGGCAGCGCGCCGAGAGGGCGACCUCCGCCUGCGCCCCAUUUCGGACUCCAAAAAUAGCGACUCGGAAGACAGUUCUGAGGGCUUGGAGGAGCGGCCACUGCCGGUCCUGAGCCUGGCCCCCGCGCCCCCGCCAGUGGCCACGUCUCCUCCAUCUCCGCCCUCGCCCCCCUCGGGCCUGGACCCCUGCGCUCCCGCACCGGCGCCCUCCUCCUCUUCCACCUCCUCCUCCUCCCUGCAGAAGCCCAAAAUCUGGUCGCUAGCCGAGACUGCCACCAGCCCGGACAACCCCCGUCGCUCGCCUCCUGGAACCGGAGGUUCUCCUCCCGGGGCCGCCGUCGCGCCCCCGACGCUGCAGCUCUCCCCCGCGGCCGCCGCCGCUGCAGCCGCCGCCGCUCACAGACUCGUCUCGGCGCCUCUAGGCAAAUUCCCGGCUUGGACCAACAGGCCGUUCCCAGGCCCGCCGCCGGGCCCACGGCCGCACCCGCUCUCCCUGCUGGGCUCGGCCCCUCAGCACCUGCUGGGACUUCCCGGAGCCGCGGGCCACCCCGUCGCCGCCGCCGCCGCCUACGCUCGGCCCUCGGAGCCCGAGGGUGGAACAGAUCGCUGUAGUGCCUUGGAAGUAGAGAAAAAGUUACUCAAGACGGCUUUCCAGCCCGUGCCCAGGAGGGGACAAAACCCGCUCCUGGAACCACCUCUUGUGGGCCCAGAGAACACUCCAGUCCCAGCCCAGACACCUCAAGCAUGGCCUGCAAGUACAGAGUUGAGGAAACUAGACCCAGGCCUGACCAACGGGCCCAUGGUGCUGGGGGCGGCUUCGUGAGGCCCACCUGCUUCCAGCUGGACCCCUUUGCCCAUCUUUUCGUUAGCCCCCAACAUGUCUUUCCACAGCUGAGCAUAAUGGUUCUUGGAGGCCUAGCUCCAGUCCCAAGUAGGGUGUCCCCACCCUAGACUGCUUCUAUGUUCCUAAUCUCACCUCUUUUGCCUCUCUGCCUCUCU